AUGUUUCAGACAGUCGUUAAUAUCCUAUUGUUGCUUUCUACUUUCCAAUCGUGCAGUUGGGGGCUUAAAGUCCGACGACACGGACGACUCCCGUCGUUCCCCGCCGCCACGACUCACUUCCGCAGCGGCCGAAUUGCAUGCGACGGACGCACAGAUUCGACCCUCCGCAGUCAUCGACGUGAGCUCCGAGACGGAAAUCAAGUGACCUCCCGGUCCUCUGUCACCGGCCAUGAAUACCUGCGCGCUGUGGAGUCGUCGGUGGUUCAGGUCGCCGUCAAGUGUGAUCUCGAUGAUGUUCUCACUCUGACCAAGGCUGAAAAGCCGCGCCCCAUAUCCUCCGGGCGGUGUCAGCGAGAGACAUCUGUUGACACACGUUCUCACUCACCACCGUCCAAAGUCAUCUGGUGUCCCUACGUCCUCUAA